UCUUCUCUAGUUCAGCUCCAGCCCCCUUUGCCGUCUAUCUAUGAAAUAAGCUCUCGCGCCGUCGAUCUCCCCGCCGCGCACUUCGAUCUCUGCCGUCUUCCCUGCCACCCGCUCCGAUAUCUGCCGUCUAUCUCUGCAUCUUCUCCCCAUCGUCGCCUUCAGUUGCUGCUGCCAUUGUUGGAACAAUGAUGUGAAGACCGAUCAUUCGGCCAAUUGAAAGCUCUUACUGCUAGAAUACACAAUCGAUCAAGUAGCUUUCUCCUCUUCAAUUCAAGCCAGGAAAUUAGACAAUUGUGCUCAUAUCUUGUUGAUUUGAAAAGAGCUUCCGCUGAAGAAAUGCGCCGAAGUGUUUAUGCAAAUUAUACAGAUUUUAUUCGUCUUGUCCUAUGCCCGUUUGCCAAUUGCUAGCUGCUGUGUCAUCGUCAUCGUGCCCUUACAUCAUUGUGUCCAGGAAAUAUGAGUUUUGAUCGAGGGUGGAUGUAUAGACGUGUUGCGAACGGAAGUCUUACCCAGGAGUUCGUUGAGGGUGUUGAAAUCUUUGUUCAUUAUGCAUUCUCUCAACCAAGAUUCAUGGAUGGAUCAAUGAUCAAGUGUCCCUGCACUAAAUGCAAGAACAAAAGAUGGGAUAAUCCUAUGAUUGUGAGGGUUCAUCUAGCAAAAAAUGGGUUUAUUCCUAAAUAUGAGAAUUGGGUUAUGCACGGUGAACCCCUAAAUUCUUCACGAACUGAAUCAACUGGACCACCUGAUGGUGUGCAUAAUAGGUAUGAGACAAUGAUAAUGGACGUUGCAAAUGCACAAUUUAUUAGUAGAAGCGUAGUGGAAGAACCCCAAAUCCUGCUGCUCAACUGUUAUACGAUAUGUUGAAGGCUGCUGAUAGAGAAUUAUGGCCCGGUUGUAAGAAUCACACACAAUUGUCACUUGUGGCGAGGUUGAUGAACAUAAAAUCCGAGAACCACCUAUCGGAACAUUGUUUUGAUCAAAUUUUGGAGUUGAUCAAGGAGAUAGUACCUGAAGACAACUUGGUUACGGAUAAUUUAUAUAGUGCAAAGAAGCUUCUACGUGGGAUGGGUUUACCUGUCGAGAAGAUUGAUUGUUGCCGAAAUAAUUGCAUGCUCUUUUGGGGGGUUGACGAAAAUCUGGAUGAAUGUAAGUUUUGUGAAGCAAAACGGUACAAACGGGCAAAGGAUGAUUGCAGUCAGUCAAAUGCAUUAUUUUCCAUUAACUCCAAGGCUACAAAGGUUGUACGCAUCUAAUGCUACUGCAGCCCAAAUGCGUUGGCAUGGGACGUCACAAGAUGAUGGUGUGAUGAGGCAUCCUGCUGACUCACUUGCGUGGAAGCAUUUCAACACUACAUUUCCCGAUUUAACAGCAGAGGUGAGAAAUGUAAGAUUGGGCCUUUGCACAGAUGGCUUUCAGCCAUUCAACAAAUAUGGGCAGCAAUACUCCUCUUGGCCAAUCAUAAUCACACCUUAUAACCUUCCGCCAUGGAUGUGUAUGAAAGAACAAAACAUGUUCCUUACAGCUGUAAUUCCGGGACCACAUAACCCAAAAGAGAUGAUUGAUAUUUUCCUUCAAAUCCUCAUAGCUGAGCUAACACGUCUUUGGGAAGUUGGUGUAGAGACAUAUGAUAUUUCAUCAAAAAAUAAUUUCCAAAUGCGAGCUGCAUUGUUAUGGACAAUUAGCGACUUUCCAGCUUAUUAUAUGCUUUCUGGGUGGAGUACAUCUGGCAAAGUGGCAUGUCCCCAUUGUCUUGAUGAUACAAAUUCAUUUAGAUUGCCAUUAAGUGGUAAACAAUCGUGGUUUAACUGUCACAGAAGGUUCCUACCAGACGAUCAUCCUUUUCGUCGCAAUAAAAUUGCUUUUAUAAAAAAUAAGCAAGUUAGAGAAGGUCCCCCAGCAGAACUAACUGGACAUCAAAUAUUGGUAGAGAUAGAGCGAUUAGGGAUAAAAAAGGUCACUGAAUUAACAGUACCGGAAACCAGACUGCGUAUAUCUAAACGCCAACGAUCAUACGAGUCUGGUUGGAGAAAAAAAAAGCAUCUUUUGGGAUUUGCCGUAUUGGAGUUCACUACUUAUCCGACAUAGUCUCGAUGUUAUGCAUAUUGAGAAAAAUGUGUUUGAUAAUAUAUUCAACAUUAUCAUGAAUGCUAGAGGCAAAACAAAAGACACUAACAAAUCCUGCGAAGAAUUAAAUCUUUUUUGUUGCAUGCCUGAAUUGCAAGGCAACAGUGCUACUGGUAAGUAUCCAAAGGCUAUUUAUAUGCUUGAUAAUGAUGACAAAAGGAUUCUUUUGAAGUGGAUUGAAGAACUCCGAUUUCCUGAUGGAUAUGUUUCAAAUUUGGGGAGAUGUGUGAAUUUGAGCACUCUGCAAAUGUUUGGAAUGAAGAGCCAUGAUUGUCAUGUGAUGAUGCAACGGAUAUUGCCUAUUGCCUUCAAAGAACUUCUUCCGAUUAAUGUGUGGAAGGCAAUAACAGAUUUGUGUCUAUAUUUUAAAGAAUUGACAUCACCAAAUCUUCAGGUUGAUAAUCUUCGGCAAAUGCAUCAAAAUAUUCCAGUAAUUCUCUGUAAAUUGGAACGCAUUUUUCCACCCAGUUUCUUUGACUCAAUGGAACAUCUCCCAAUCCAUUUGGCAUAUGAAGCAUUGUUGGCAGGGCCAGUUCAGUAUAGAUGGAUGUAUCUGUUUGAGCGGUACUUAGGAAAGUUGAAAAAAAUUGUUAAAAACAAAGCAAAGGUUGAAGGAUCAAUCACAAAUGCAUAUCUUGUUGAAGAAGCUUCUGCAUUUUGUUCCUAUUAUUUUGAAGACAUAUUCAAACUAGACAACGGAAUAUUCCAAGAAACUUUGUUGGUGCAUCAUCUAGUGGUAUUGAAGAUCACCCACAUAUGUUGACUAUUUUCAAGAAUAUUGGUAGAGUAUUUGGGAAGAAUUCGUCAAGGUUUUUGCAAAAAGAAGAGUAUGAUGCUGCACAUUUGUAUGUCCUUAACAAUUGCCCAGAGGUUACAAACACGUACAUUGGGUUGUUCUUUGAUGAAAUCAAAUAUAAAUUCCCAAGGAUCACGUCCAAUCAUCUCCAUAUCAAGUUUGAUACCGAGUUUGCCAAUUGGUUCAAAUCAUAUGUUCGAGAUCCAAACAAUGAAAUUGACAACAUAUACUUGCGUCAUUUGUCGUUGGGGCCAUUACAAAGGAUGACAUGUUAUCAAGGUUUUUAUGUCAAUGGAUUUAAAUUUCAGACAGUGGAAUACGGGUCGAGAAACAAAACUGACAACAGUGGAAUUUGUGUAAAGGGGUCGGUGUUAGGUGGAGUUCAACAAGAUUAUUAUGGGCGUUUGUUGGAGGUUGUGAUUUUGGAGUACCCUGGACUACCAACCAAAAAAACCACUUUGUUCAAGUGUCAAUGGUUUGACCCUUCUCCAACUUGGACGUUUGUGGAUCGAGAAUUCAAGUUGGUUUCCAUCAACCAAACUCAUUUAUACAAUAAAUAUGAACCAUUUGUCCUAGCAUCAAAAGCUAUUCAAGUUUAUUACUGCACAUACCCAAGUAAAAAUGUGACUAGGCGAAACUGGUUGGCAGCUUGCAAAGUGAAGGCAAGAUCGCUUGUAGAAGUUUCGAGUAAUGAAACUUCUUUGCCUUUCCAAGAGGAGUUGUUUACCCAAGUACAUCAUACAAUAAUAGAUGAUGAUCCAAUUCCCGUUCAUCCUGAUGGUGGCUUGGUAGACAUGGUAGAGGAUGAGGAUGAGGAUGGAGAUGAAGAUGCAAUUCAUGAAAGCAUUCUGGAAACAUCAUCCUCUGAAGCCGAUGAUUUAGAUGAUAUAGAAUAGUUAUUAUUUUGUUAGUUCUUGUCAACAUUUACUUGUCUGUUUCAUUUUCAAGGUACAAUGCAUGUUAUUACUAAGCAAUCAUUUUCUCUCUAUUUUUUUAUGAUCAUAAUAAUUAUUAAUUAUUA